AUGACGUCAUUCGCCAAAGCGUGUAUAGAUUUUUCUAACAAUCUGAAAAAUCUACGCUUCACUAAAUCGAAUGCAACUGUUUCUCCUUCCGCUACCACAGUCACCGAUUCACCAACAGCAAUAGCCAGUUCAGCGACAGCGUCAGUAUUAGCCUUUGAAUCGGACAAACUAAAAAGUCCAAUAUGUGUCAGUCAUCAUCCCGAUUCAGAUGAAUUUAUUAUUUCGAUCACAAACAGAACUGUCACCAAUGAUUUUAGACCUAGUUAUAACCAUCAGCAAACAAUUCCCCCAGUAGAAGAAAAAUAUCGGUUAAGCAAGAACUAUAAAAACUCUGAACCAGCAAAGUGUAAAUCAACUGGUAUUGCAAACGAUAAGUCUAAUAUUUGUGACAAAUUAACUAUUAUUGCUAAUAACAUUUCCAGUAAUAAUAAGAGCAGUGUAAGCAGCUUUCCUACUGCGACUGCUGUCAGUAAUAAUAAUCGCAGUAUUAAAAUUAUACAUGAAAAAAAUGAUCCACCAUCGUCGAACAGACCAGCAGAUAUUAAACAUGUGAAAACUAUUCCAAACGAAAUUUCCGCAGCUACUUGUACAAAAAAACUGAUACAAAAUAAAAACACUGUGAACGAUGAUUCCUUGGAAACUAUUAUUUUAAAUAAUUCGGAAUAUCAGUCUUUGAAUACACGAAUAUCAAAUUCUUCACCAAACAGCCCAGUACCAAGGCACCAUUUUAUGAUAAAAAAUAAGCUUUCAUUAGAUCCCAGCGAAGCUACUGAUGUUACUACUAACAAAUUUGGUAGUAGUAACACGAACAGUUCGGUUGAUUCCCCAUUCACUUUUAAAGCUACACUUUCGCCAACCAUGACACAUCGCUUAGCUAUUUUAGCACGUAACUGUCAAAACACUAUAACGAACAACAGUAGCGGCAACAGUGACAAUGACUCACCAUAUUCCAUAUGCAACCGUUAUUCACAUAAUUCAACUUCUUCAUCUUCUUCACCCCUAGCUUCGCAUCGGGGAACAACAGUAGCUGCUAUAAAACAGCGAUUAUUAAAUCAAGGUUUACGUAUUAAUUUAAACAUUCCAGUUAAAAGAAUCCUAAGUACACGAUAUCGAGAUUAUAUACGACGUCAGAAAAGAGGUUGUCCACACACAGUUGAAUCAUUAUGGUUGAAUACAAAUUUUAUGAACAAUAUAUUUCAUUACUUAUCAGGAAGUGAACUGAUUCACUGUUCAGUGAUUUGUCGUGCUUGGUACGAAUUUAUGUGUUUCAAUGGUUUCCAAAAUAAAUUGUGCUUCGUUUUGAAUGUGAAAAGUUGCUAG